AUGAGCGUGAACAGGCGCCUCUAUCAAUGGUUGCUGAAUCGUGUGGGCGACUCGGCCGCAAUUGGACUAUCAGUUGUCGGCGUCGAAGAGCAAAUCGAUACCACUUUUUUCACAACAUUUGCUUUACCGAUUGCGAAGAAAGCAAUUGAGGAAUAUCUAAAACUGGAUACUGUUGAAGUGACCAGUGGUCUUGCUUCGUGGGAUGGUACCAGGGAGCAUCAAACACAAUAUACGGAAGUACGCGUUUGUCGCCUGUUGUUGUAUUUCAUGGAUCGGCCCGAAUUGGGCUCGCUUAUACUCGAAGAAACAUUACUGAUGUUAAUUGAGGCAGCAUGCAAAAAUGAUACACGAUUGGAACGGGUUCUUGUUGAAGAAGAAGAGAAAUUAGGCAUGACAAAGAAGCUGUCAUUGAUUGGUACAUCAGCAGCAGCAGCAGCAGGAUCAAUAAACUGUGAUCAGAGCCGGCGCCUGAGUGUUACCAGUAAAUCAUCGCUGAGUUCGCGGCAGUCGUGGUGGAGCUGCCUUUCUGUUGCUGAAGAAAAUUCACCUGAGCAGGUGCCUCAUGAAAUACUUUAUUUUUUCGUCGCACUGAUAAAUUUGUUAUAG